AUGAUAAGUAUAAACAUAAGUGUUGAGAAACAUAAUGAUAAACAGAACAGUGGUGAAAAUCAUAAUGACAAACAGAACAGCGGUGAAAAUGAUACUGAUAAACACAGCAGUGUUGAAAAUGAUAAUGAUAAACAGAACUGUGAUAAACAUAAUGGUGGUGAAAAUGAUAAUGAUAAACGCAACAGUAGUGAAAAUGAUGAUAAACCCAACAAAGAUGAAAAUGAUAACAAUAAACAGAACAGUGUUGGAAAUCACAGUGAUAAAAAUAACAGUUUUGAAAAUGAUAAUGAUAAACAGAACGGUGGUGAAAAACAAAACUGGUGA